AGCCUGCUGCAGCCAUCUUGCGCGGCGCGGGGAAGCAGCCGCGGGGGCCCCGGGCUGGCUCGGGGCGGGCCGCCGCCGCCGCCAUGGUGAAGAGGAAAAGCUCCGAGGGCCCGGAGCAGGAGGGCGGCCGCGGCGUCCCUCUGCCCAUCCAGACCUUCCUGUGGCGGCAAACCAGUGCAUUUUUGAGGCCCAAACUGGGGAAACAGUAUGAAGCUUCCUGCGUGUCUUUCGAACGAGUUUUAGUAGAGAACAAGCUGCAUGGUCUUUCUCCAGCCCUCUCUGAAGCCAUCCAGAGCAUUUCUCGUUGGGAACUGGUUCAAGCUGCCCUACCACAUGUACUCCAUUGCACAGCGACUUUGCUUUCUAACCGAAACAAGCUAGGACAUCAGGACAAGCUUGGCGUAGCAGAGACUAAGCUUCUUCACACCCUCCAUUGGAUGCUACUGGAGGCUCCUCAAGACUGCAGCAAUGACCGGUUUGGAGGAGAGAGAGGCUCCAGCUGGGGAGGGAGCAGUAGCGCCUUUAUUCAUCAGGUUGAAAACCAGGGCUCUCCAGGACACCCUCGGCGUGGCAGCACUAAUGAAGAGGAAGAGAAUAACCGAAGGAAGUUCUUUCAGAAUUCCAUGGCAACAGUGGAGCUCUUUGUGUUCCUGUUUGCUCCUCUGGUCCACAGGAUUAAAGAGUCUGACCUGACUUUUCGGCUGGCCAGUGGCCUUGUUAUUUGGCAGCCCAUGUGGGAGCACAGGCAGCCUGAGGUUUCUGCCUUCACCGCUCUGGUAAAGCCAAUCAGGAACAUUAUUACAGCCAAGAGAAGUUCUCCUACUAGCAACCAGAGCCUGGCUUGUGAAUCCCCUAAUCUGGACACUGGACACACACAGGGACUUCAGGUGGUGUGUGAAACAGCCCAGCCAGAUGCUGUGCCUCCCAGGGCCACUGUUUCAGGCUGUCAUCGGGGAAACUCCUUUGAUGGAAGUGUGUCGUCCCAAACAUCCCAAGACAGAGGACCUCCGCUUUCGAGGGUAUCAUUAGUGAUUCCGCCUUGCCAAAAGUCUCGCUAUGCCACCUAUUUUGAUGUGGCAGUACUGCGCUGCCUGCUGCAGGCACACUGGUCUGAGGAGGGUACACAGUGGUCUCUGAUGUAUUAUCUACAAAGACUGAGACAUAUGCUGGAGGAGAAGCCGGAGAAGCCACCUGAGCCGGAGACCAUGCACCUGCCCAGGCCCCGCAGCAGUUCCAUGGUAGCAGCAGCACCCUCUCUGGUGAACACCCACAAAACUCAGGAUCUCACAAUGAAGUGCAAUGAGGAGGAAAAAUCACUAAGCACUGAGGCCUUUGCUAAGGUGUCACUCACCAACCUGCGCAGGCUAGCUGUGCCAGAUCUCUCCACAGACAUGGGAAUGAACAUCUUUAAGAAGUUUAAGAGCCGCAAAGAGGAUCGAGAGCGUGAGCGCAAGGGUUCUAUUCCUUUCCACCACACUGGGAAAAAACGGCAGCGAAGGAUGGGGGUGCCCUUCCUGCUCCACGAGGAUCAUUUGGAUGUGUCACCCACUCGCAGCACAUUCUCCUUUGGCAGCUUUUCUGGGGUCGGAGAGGACCGGCGCAGCAUUGAGAGAGGAGGAUGGCAAACUGCCAUACUAGGGAAGUUCACCAGACGGGGGAGUUCUGACACAGCUACAGAGAUGGAGAGCCUGAGUGCUAGACAUUCUCACUCUCAUCACACCCUGGUCGCUGACUUGCCUGACCACUCAAACAGCCACGGAGAGAAUACCGUCAAAGAAGUGCGAUCCCAGAUUUCUACCAUCACUGUGGCCACCUUCAACACCACCCUGGCCUCAUUCAACGUGGGCUACGCGGACUUCUUCAGCGAACACAUGCGGAAGCUGUGCAACCAGGUGCCCAUUCCAGAGAUGCCCCAUGAGCCGCUGGCCUGCGCCAAUCUCCCACGGAGUUUGACUGACUCCUGCAUCAAUUACAGCUGCCUAGAGGACACGGAUCACAUUGACGGCACCAACAACUUUGUCCACAAGAAUGGCAUGCUGGAUCUUUCGGUGGUUCUGAAGGCCGUUUACUUGGUCCUGAACCACGACAUCAGCUCCCGGAUCUGUGAUGUGGCGUUGAACAUCGUCGAGUGCCUGCUGCAGCUUGGCGUGGUGCCCUGCGUGGAGAAAGUCAGAAGGAAGAGUGAGAACAAGGAAAAUGAGGCCGCGGAAAAGAGACCAAGUGAGGGAUCCUUCCAGCUCAAGGGGGCUGCUUCGGGCAGCCCAGGCUGUGGAUUCAGGGCCCCCCCAGUCAGUGGAACUGGAGAUGGGGGAGGAGAAGAAGGUGGAGGUGGAGGAAGUAGUGGAGGAGGAGGUGGCGGCGGAGCUGAUGGAGGUGGUGGAGGAGGAGGUGGAGGGCCUUAUGAAAAGAAUGAUAAAAAUCAAGAAAAGGAUGAAAGCACUCCCAUAAGCACCCACAGGCUGGCAUUGACGAUGCUGAUCAAAAUAGUGAAAUCCCUGGGCUGUGCUUAUGGCUGCGGAGAAGGACACCGAGGGCUCUCUGGAGAUCGUCUGAGACACCAGGUAUUCCGGGAGAAUGCUCAGAAUUGCCUUACAAAGCUGUACAAGCUGGAUAAAAUGCAGUUCCGGCAGACCAUGAGGGACUAUGUGAACAGAGAUUCCCUCAAUAAUGUAGUGGAUUUCCUUCACGCUUUGCUAGGAUUCUGCAUGGAGCCGGUCACUGACAACAAGGCUGGAUUUGGAAAUAACUUCACCACAGUGGACAACAAGUCUACAGCCCAAAGUGUGGAAGGUAUUAUUGUCAGCGCCAUGUUCAAGUCACUGAUCACUCGCUGUGCUUCUACUACGCAUGAACUGCAUAGCUCUGAAAACCUGGGAUUGUACUGUGACAUCCGACAAUUGGUCCAAUUUAUCAAGGAGGCUCAUGGGAAUGUUUUUAGAAGGGUGGCACUGAGCGCCCUUUUGGACAGUGCUGAAAAGUUAAUUCCAGGGAAGAAAACAGACGAAACAACGGAGCAGGAUCUGAAACCUCCGGGGAGCAAAAAAUCUGAGGUGGGAAGUGUUGUUAUUGAUAAAGGCCAGGCAUCAUCUGCCCCUGAUGAAUGUCGUAGUUAUAUCUCCAGCCGUCCUCAGCAGACCCCAGAGCACGAUGAGCAAAUGCAAGGGGCAGUUCUGGGACGCAAAGACUUCUGGCGAAAGAUGUUCAAGUCGCAGAGUGCAGCAAGUGAUACCAGCAGCCAGUCAGAGCAGGACACAUCGGAGUGCACCACUGCUCUCUCUGGAACGACCACCGACAGGCGCUCCCGCUCCCGCUCCCGACGGAUCUCGCUCCGAAAGAAACUCAAACUCCCCAUAGGUAAAUGGAACUGGCUGAAACGCUCUUCCCUCUCUGGGCUGGCCGACGGGGUGGAAGACCUCCUGGAUAUCAGCUCUGUAGACCGUCUGUCUUUCAUCAGACAAAGUUCCAAGGUGAAAUUCACUAGUGCGGUGAAGCUGUCAGAAGGUGGACCAGGAGGUGGCCUGGAGAAUGGGAGAGAUGAAGAGGAGAAUUUCUUCAAGCGUCUUGGUAAAUGGCGCAUCUGCCGAAGAUACCCAUCCAAGCUUCAUCACACAGAAGAAAAAGAUGGUUGCCACAGUUUUGAUGAUCACUUGGCCUCCAACCAGGAAGGUGGAAAAUCCAAGAAUGUAGUGAACCUGGGAGCAAUCAGACAAGGCAUGAAACGCUUUCAGUUUCUCUUAAACUGCUGUGAGCCAGGCACUAUCCCCGAUGCCUCCAUCCUGGCAGCUGCCCUCGAUCUUGAAGCUCCCGUAGUGGCAAGAGCAGCCCUUUUUCUCGAAUGCGCUCGCUUCGUUCACCGCUGCAAUCGCGGCAACUGGCCAGAGUGGAUGAAGGGGCACCAUGUGAACAUCACUAAGAAAGGCCUGUCCCGUGGACGUUCCCCAAUAGUGGGGAACAAACGGAACCAGAAGCUGCAGUGGAACGCAGCCAAACUCUUCUACCAGUGGGGAGAUGCAAUUGGCAUCCGACUCAACGAGCUGUGCCACAGUGAGAGUGAGAGCCCGGCCAACCUGCUGGGCCUCAUUUAUGAUGAGGAGGCCAAGCGGAGACUGAGAAAGGAGGAUGAGGAGGAAGACUUUUUAGAUGACAGUAAGGAGACUCCCUUUACUACAAGAACCCCCGCUUGCACUGUGAACCCUACCAAAUGUGGUUGUCCUUUUGCCCUGAAGAUGGCAGCAUGCCAGCUUCUCUUGGAGAUCACCACCUUUCUUCGAGAGACCUUUCCCUAUAUGCCCAGGCCACGUACUGAGCCUCUCCUGGACCUGGAGAGCUGCAGGUUGCGUCUGGACCCUGAGCUGGACAGGCACAGGUAUGAGAGGAAGAUCAGCUUUGCUGGGAUUCUGGAUGAAAAUGAAGAUUCAAAAGACUCCCUGCACAGCAGCAGCCACACGCUCAAAUCUGACACUGGCUGCGAAGAGAAGAAAGUUCCCAGCAGGAAGAUCAGGAUAGGAGGCUCCCGCUUGCUCCAGAUUAAAGGAACCCGCAGUUUCCGGGUGAAGAAGGGGGGUUCCCUGUCCAGCAUUCGCCGGGCCGGCAGCCUAAAGAGCACCAAGUUAUCACGGCAGGACUCAGAGUCUGAGAAUGAGGAGCUGCAGCUGUCCCACAGCAGGGACACUGUCACUGACAUAGAAGGGAGCCCUUGGAGUGCAAGUGAGCCCAGCAUUGAGCCUGAAGUGCUGAGUAACACAGGCACGGAGGAGAAUUACCAUCGGAACAUGUCGUGGCUGCAUGUCAUGAUCCUGCUGUGCAACCAGCAGAGUUUUAUAUGUACCCACAUUGAUUACUGCCACCCGCACUGCUACCUCCACCACAGCCGUUCCUGUGCUCGCCUGGUCCGAGCCAUCAAACUGCUGUAUGGCGACACUGUGGACUCGCUCCGAGAAAACAAUGUGCUGAACAAUGUGGCAAGAGGCAAAAAGCAGAAGGAGUGCUUGGACAAAUCAUGCCUGAGAACUCCGUCUCUGAAGAAGAGAGUAAUGGAUAUCAACUUGGAAGGAAAAAAGGACUCUGGAAUGUUGAAAUACAUCAGACAGCAGGUAAUGAGCCUGUCCCCAGCGCCUUUGUCACUGUUAAUCAAGGCAGCUCCUAUCCUAACAGAGGAGAUGUAUGGGGACAUUCAGCCCGCAGCAUGGGAGCUGCUGCUCAGCGUGGAUGAGCACAUGGCUGGAGCAGCAGCUGCCAUGUUCCUGUUGUGUGCUGUGAAAGUGCCUGAGGCUGUAUCUGAUAUGCUGAUGUCCGAAUUUCAUCACCCUGAAACAGUGCAAAGACUGAAUGCUGUUCUCAAAUUCCAUACCCUCUGGAGAUUUCGGUAUCAAGUCUGGCCUCGAAUGGAGGAGGGCGCUCAACAGAUCUUUAAGAUUCCUCCUCCAAGUAUAAACUUCACCCUGCCCUCUCCAGUACUGGGAAUGCCCUCUGUGCCAAUGUUUGACCCCCCAUGGGUUCCACAGUGCAGUGGGAGUGUGCAGGACCCAAUUAAUGAGGACCAGUCUAAGUCGUUUUCAGCCCGGGCAGUGUCACGUUCUCAUCAGCGAGCAGAGCACAUCCUGAAGAACCUGCAGCAGGAGGAAGAAAAGAAGCGCCUAGGCCGGGAAGCCAGUCUUAUCACGGCCAUUCCCAUCACCCAGGAGGCCUGCUAUGAGCCCACCGGCACGCCAAACUCAGAGCAAGAAGAGGAAGUAGAAGAAGUCACCAACUUGGCAUCCCGCCGUCUCUCUGUGAGUCCCUCCUGCACCUCCAGUACUUCUCACAGGAACUAUUCCUUCCGUCGUGGCUCUGUCUGGUCAGUGCGUUCAGCCGUCAGUGCAGAAGAUGAGGAACACACUACAGAGCACACUCCAAACCAUCAUGUGCCACAGCCCCCACAGGCAGUGUUCCCAGCAUGCAUCUGUGCAGCUGUGCUCCCCAUUGUUCACUUGAUGGAAGAUGGAGAAGUCCGAGAGGAUGGAGUAGCAGUGAGUGCCGUGGCCCAGCAGGUCUUAUGGAACUGCUUGAUUGAAGAUCCCUCUACAGUUCUACGGCAUUUCCUGGAGAAACUCACAAUAAGCAACCGGCAGGAUGAGUUGAUGUACAUGCUGAGGAAGCUCCUGCUGAACAUCGGAGACUUCCCUGCCCAGACGUCUCACAUCCUGUUUAACUACUUGGUGGGAUUGAUCAUGUACUUUGUGCGUACUCCAUGUGAAUGGGGCAUGGACGCCAUUUCAGCUACACUGACCUUCCUGUGGGAAGUGGUGGGUUAUGUAGAGGGCCUUUUCUUCAAGGAUCUCAAACAGACUAUGAAGAAGGAGCAGUGUGAAGUAAAACUGCUGGUGACUGCCUCAAUGCCAGGCACAAAGACCCUGGUAGUGCAUGGACAGAACGAGUGUGACAUCCCAACCCAGUUACCAGUGCAUGAGGACACACAAUUUGAAGCUCUUCUGAAGGAAUGCUUGGAGUUUUUUAACAUACCUGAAACCCAGUCUGCUCAUUAUUUUUUAAUGGAUAAACGAUGGAACCUUAUUCAUUACAACAAGACUUAUGUCCGGGAUAUUUAUCCUUUCCGGAGGUCAGUGUCUCCACAGCUCAAUCUGGUACACAUGCAUCCAGAAAAGGGUCAGGAGCUCAUUCAGAAACAGGUAUUCACCCGCAAGCUGGAGGAGGUAGGACGGGUGCUGUUCCUCAUAUCACUGACCCAGAAAAUCCCUGUGGCCCACAAGCAAUCCCAUGUGUCUAUGCUCCAAGAGGACCUUCUCCGCCUGCCUUCCUUCCCUCGGAGUGCCAUUGAUGCAGAAUUCUCCCUCUUCAGUGAUCCUCGAGCUGGGAAGGAACUCUUUGGCCUUGAUACUCUUCAAAAAAGCCUGUGGAUUAAGCUCCUGGAGGAGAUGUUCCUCGGCAUGCCCAGUGAAUUUCCUUGGGGGGAUGAGAUCAUGCUGUUCCUAAAUGUCUUCAAUGGAGCCCUGAUCCUGCACCCAGAGGACAGUGCCUUGCUGAGGCAGUACGCUGCCACUGUCAUCAACACCGCUGUGCACUUCAACCAUCUCUUCUCUCUCAGUGGGUACCAGUGGAUCCUCCCCACCAUGCUACAGGUGUAUGCUGACUACGAAAGCAACCCACAGUUACGCCAAGCAAUUGAAUUUGCCUGCCGCCAGUUCUACAUUCUGCAUCGCAAGCCCUUUGUUCUGCAACUGUUUGCCAGUGUGGCUCCUCUGCUCGAGUUCCCUGAUGCUACAAACAAUGGACCCAGCAAAGGAGUGUCAGCUCAGUGCCUGUUUGAUCUGCUGCAGUCCCUAGAGGGAGAUACACCUGACAUUUUGGACAUCUUAGAGCUGGUGAAAGCUGAAAAGCCUCUCAAAUCAUUAGAUUUCUGCUAUGGGAAUGAGGAUCUGACCUUUUCUAUCAGUGAAGCCAUCAAACUGUGUGUAACUGUGGUGGCAUAUGCUCCUGAAUCAUUUAGAAGCCUCCAGAUGCUGAUGGUCCUGGAAGCACUGGUUCCCUGUUACCUGCAGAAACUGAAGACGCAGACCUCACAAGUGGAGACGGUGCCAGCUGCUCGUGAGGAGAUUGCUGCUACUGCUGCUCUUGCCACUUCCCUGCAGGCCCUCUUGUACAGCGUGGAAGUUCUCACCAGGCCCAUGACUGCCCCUCAAAUGAGCAGGUGUGACCAAGGCCAUAAAGGAGCCACAACAGCCAACCACACCAUGUCAGCUGGGGUGAAUACUAGGUACCCGGAUCAAGGAGCCAAACUACACUUUAUCAGGGAAAACCUUCACUUGCUGGAGGAAGGCCAGGGUCUCCCCCGGGAGGAGCUGGACGAGCGAAUUGCUAGGGAGGAAUUCAGGAGGCCCAGGGAGUCCCUACUGAAUAUCUGCACUGAGUUCUAUAAGCACUGUGGCCCUAGGCUGAAGAUAUUGCAGAACCUGGCUGGAGAGCCCAGGGUAACUUCCCUGGAGCUGCUGGAUGUUAAGUCUCACAUGAGGUUGGCAGAAAUUGCACAUUCCCUUCUGAAGCUGGCACCUUAUGACACCCAGACGAUGGAAAGCCGCGGGCUCCGGCGCUACAUCAUGGAGAUGCUGCCCAUCACCGACUGGACAGCCGAGGCCGUGAGACCUGCCCUUAUCCUCAUCUUAAAGCGAUUGGAUCGUAUGUUCAAUAAAAUUCACAAGAUGCCUACUUUGAGGCGACAGGUUGAGUGGGAGCCUGCCAGCAAUUUGAUUGAAGGGGUUUGUUUGACACUUCAGAGGCAGCCAAUCAUAUCCUUCCUGCCUCACCUUAGGUCACUGAUCAAUGUCUGUGUCAAUCUGGUGAUGGGAGUAGUAGGACCUUCCAGUGUUGCUGAUGGAUUACCCCUUCUUCAUCUCAGCCCUUAUCUCUCGCCACCUCUGCCCUUCAGCACAGCUGUUGUCCGGCUUGUAGCAUUGCAGAUACAGGCUUUGAAAGAAGAUUUUCCCUUAAGCCAUGUGAUCUCCCCAUUCACCAAUCAGGAGAGAAGAGAAGGAAUGCUUUUAAACCUACUGAUUCCAUUUGUGCUCACAGUAGGAUCUGGAAGCAAAGACAGUCCCUGGCUGGAGCAGCCUGAAGUCCUUCUGCUGCUCCAGACUGUUAUUAACAUCCUCCUGCCGCCUCGAAUCAUCAGCACUUCCCGCAGCAAGAACUUCAUGAUGGAGAGCUCCCCUGCACAUUGCUCCACCCCAGGGGAUGCUGGGAAGGACCUGCGCAGGGAAGGGCUCGCAGAGUCCACCAGCCAAGCGGCUUACUUGGCCCUGAAGGUGAUCCUCGUGUGCUUUGAGCGCCAGCUUGGCAGCCAGUGGUAUUGGCUGAGCCUGCAAGUCAAAGAAAUGGCCCUGCGCAAGGUGGGAGGGCUAGCCCUCUGGGACUUCCUGGAUUUUAUUGUUCGCACCCGGAUCCCUAUCUUCGUGCUUCUGCGGCCCUUCAUUCAGUGCAAGCUGCUGGCCCAACCUGCAGAGAAUCACGAGGAGAUGACUGCCCGGCAACAUAUCGCUGACCAGCUAGAGAGGCGCUUCAUACCACGCCCUCUGUGCAAGAGCUCCCUCAUCACAGAAUUCAACAGCGAGCUCAAAAUCCUGAAGGAGGCAGUGCACAGUGGGUCAGCCUACCAAGGGAAGACCUCCAUCAGCACCGUGGGCACUUCCACCUCCGCGUACCGCCUCAGCCUCGCUACCAUGUCCCGCUCCAACACUGGCACCGGCACCGUCUGGGAGCAGGACAGCGAGCCUUCCCAUCAGGCUUCGCAGGACACUCUGAGCCGCACAGAUGAGGAGGAUGAAGAAAAUGACUCAGUGAGCAUGCCCAGUGUGGUAAGUGAACAGGAAACCUACCUUAUGGGUGCCAUUGGGAGGCGGCGGUUCUCCAGCCAUAUCUCCAGCAUGUCUGCACCUCAGGCUGAGGUGGGCAUGUUACCCAGCCAAAGUGAACCUAAUGUCCUCGAUGACUCCCAGGGCCUGGCCGCUGAGGGCAGCCUCUCUAGGGUAACAAGUGUGCAGAGCGAACCUGGACAACAGAAUCUUCUUCUUCAGCAACCACUAGGAAGGAAGAGAGGCCUCCGGCAGCUACGAAGACCUCUUCUCUCACGUCAGAAGACCCAAACUGAAUCUCGUAGCCAUCACGGGGCUCGACUUUCAACUACUCGUCGAAGUAUACAGCCCAAAACAAAACCAAGUGUGGAUCAAAAGCGAUCAGUGACUUUCACUGAAACUCAGCCAGAGGCAACAACAUCUUCAACAACAGAUGCUACACCCAUCCCAGCCCUGCAACCUAGCUGCAGCAGGAGCAGCCCUGCAGAAGUCAGCAAGCCGGAAGCUGUGAAUAAACUUGUGCUGACCACCUCACCUGCCAUUGUUGUUGCUGAUCUCCAUAGCCAAACCACCAGCCAGAGUGAGGCGCUUCCCAUUGAGAAGGAAAAAGAAACAGAGGAGGAUUUGGAGCCCCGGCCAGCACAAGUACAUAGCACCCCACCCACACAGCUCUCUGAUACAGAGGACUUUGCAGGCCUUGAGACAACCAGCUUACUGCAACAUGGAGACACUGUCCUUCACAUCAGCGAGGACAAUGGGAUGGAGAAUCCCCUCCUUACCAGCCACUUCAGCUUCACGCAUGUUGAGCUUGGUGAGACUGAUGUUGACUUAGAUGAGUCCCAUGUUUAAAUGUCAGGGAAGUGCAUUAGCAUGGGAGGAGAGAGAAUGUAGAGUCUUGGUAGAGAAACUGUACCUUCUCCAUAGAGUUUUUUGAUAACUAUUGAUGAACUAAUCAAAAAGAGCACUUUAUAUCCAACAAGGGAAAAUAUCUAACAACCUAUUUGCUACAGAUUGGCAAAUAUGUUUUAGAAAAUAAGCUAAGCCUUUUUGGCAAAUCUAAUUUGGUUCAGGGCAGACUGCAAAGACCAGAAGAGAAUUCUAAAAAAUUCUGCGGCCACAUCUCUGUUUCACAAAAUCUUGAUCUGCCAGAAAUCUACUGCAGUCUGCAGCUUCUCCAGUAACAUGCAUUAGUUUAAUAUAGUAGACUGAAAAAACCCAACCUUUUUGAGGUUAGCCACUUUAACACUGCCCCCCAAAAGUUUAUUUUUGUAAUUUCAGAAGGGUUAUAUAGUAUCUGAAUCAAAGACUCGCAUGACUGAAUAUUGACAGUCAAAAUGCUGACCAGGGAUAUUGAACUAAAGAUUGUUUUAAAUAAACAGGCCUGUGACUGUGUUUUCUAAUCCUCAUAGCAAUGGCACAUACCAUUGAAUGAUUAGAAAGAUAUUUUUUAGCACUGCAGGCUUUAGCAUGUUUAUUUUGUCUGCUGGUUUCAUUGCACUCUGUAAGAUAGUACCUUAGUGCUAGAAAAAUAGUGAUUCUGUGUAAAACUAAAUAGACUACAUACUACAGGAAAGAAUGCACAUGCUGUGCUCAAAAAUAGAUGGGCAGGGGGUGAGUGGUCUGUAGAUGACAUAAAUGGUACUAUCUGUUCUGCUUAAAUAUAUUAAGCAAUUUAUGUAAAGAAAACACAGCUAGAAUGUGUGGACUUUCUAGUACAGGGCAACAACUUAAUUGAUGCAAAUAUCUACUCUGUAUGCACUUGGAAAUGUAUAUUUUAAGUAAACAUAUAUAAUCCAUAUUUUCACAUUCCUAUAAACUAGGAAUGGAUAUUGCAGAGAACAGACCUGAUGAAAGAAUAUAUUUUCUGCACACUGAGAUUGUAUUUAAAAAGGUGCCAUUCUAUGUGUGUUAUAUGAAUAUGCACUAAUUAUGACUCUGCAUGUGUAGAUAUAAAUGCAUAAUAUUUAUAUGUAUAUCGUGUCCCUUUUGGGAAUUGACUGAAGUCGUGGGUGAGUUACGAUCUGUGCAUCAGAAUCAUGGGAUUAAAUUGAAACCAGACUUUAGUCACUGACAUAUGGGAAAGCUGCAGAAUAGCUGUGAGGCAUACUGUGAAGUUGCAAGCAAUGCCCAUAUUUACGUGUCUGUUUGUGUGUUCACAUAAUACAUUUUCAUUUCGUCACCUUGGUAGAAUGAGAUAUUAGACCUUAUAAUUGUGGCAUUAUUAUGCAUAGAAAAGUUAUUUUUGAUCACUUUUAGAGCUUUCUAAAAUGUAUUACUUACCAUCUUCUUGACCUUUCAAUCUGGACUCAUGGUAUUAAGACAACAUGAUUUUAGAGUAAAAAUGAUAUGACCAAAAACAAAACAAAACCCCCACUAAGCAAACACCACCGCCCAACACCACCACUAUAUAUUUUUAAAUAGCUAUUUUUUCUAAAAUCAUUUUUCUGUGAAACACUGUCAUACACAGCCUAUAUGCUGGCCUGGUGCAGUAUUACAGAAGUUUUAUUGGCAUUAAUUUAGGAUCAACUCCAGAACUGACUGGUGGCUUUGGUAAUUUCAACCAAUCAGACCUUUAUACCUCACCAUCAUGUAUCCUCUACUAUACAUAUGAGUCAAUAGGAGCCCUGUGUGUACAUCAGAGCACAGAAUUGGGUCCUAUAUAUUAUUCACACACACACACACACACACACACACCCUGGCAACAAUAAAAUGUAUUCUUUUCUCAAGUUUGUCUAUCUAGGCCCCAGUCCAGAGGUGUUGAGCACCCUCUACUACUGUUGCCUUCAUUGAGAGUUAAAGGCACUUUGCAACUCAUAGGAAGUGCUAGUCACCUUCUAGGAUUAAGCCCUUGCUCUAUAGUGGGCAAUCUUAAAGUGGUUUGUGGUAAAAAAAAGCGUCUAUGUAAAAAUGGCAGCUUGCUCAGCACAGAUCAUGGGUAUUCUGAAUGAUAGUUGCUUAUAUCGCUGACUUAAAUAUAUCUGACUACUUCUUACGUCUCUCAGAACUACAGAGCCUGUACCACCCAUCUGUAGGAGACUGCACUGGACUCUUUCCUAGUGUUGGCAUCAUCAAAAGAAUUAUUAAUUACCUCCCGCAUGAGGAAUUGCUAUUAUUAACGAUGACACACAAAUCAGAAAGAACACUGCUUCACUUUCAGAUCCCAGUUUGGGUUAACUGGCAGUUGGAGGGGAAACUAUUUUACUCAUAAACGAAGUAAAUUUGAUAUAGAAAUGACUGAAAGACGAUAAACAUGAAACCCCAUGAUGAAUUUUGUAGUCACUUUUUCACUGAUAAUGUACUUUGAAAGGAAGCAUUUACAUUAAUGUGAGAUAGAUGCCUGCCAUGAUAUUCUAAUCUAAUUAUAGAAAAAUAACUGUGAUUUACUACAUUAAAUUCAGUAUUGGUGAUAAAUGUUUCCAUUAAGGUUGCCCACUGUUACAAGCUGAAUCCAUCUUAGCAAGGACUAAAAAUGCCUUUUUGAAGUCCACCCUCCAACCAAUCAAGUGCAGUGUAUAAAUGAAGAUUAUAUUAUUCAGGUGGCCCAGGAGAGGGCUAUAAUUUCAUUGGGUAGUUAAGACAGGCUGAUCAGUCUGUGUACUUGUAAAUUUUACUUUCAUAUAGGUUGCACUUAAUAUUGUACUAAUAAGGUGCAUAAACAUGUAAUUUAGCAGAGUUUGUGCAUUUUUCCAGUAUCUCUAUAAAAUGACUGGUAUAUUUCUGCUGUGAAGAAAAAUUAUGCUGCUUAAUUAGUGUUAGAGGCCUUAAGUGCAUGUCAGAUGUCUGGCCCUUACAAAUGUCUGUCAGUGUUUGGUUCUGUUGUGUUGCCUCAAAGUUUUAAACUAAUUUGCAGUUGUCAAAAGGAUUAAAGAUAGAAAAGUCUGUUCACACUGAUCAUGUUCAACAAAUAGUAAUUAAAAGACAAGGCUCUGUUUAAUCCUAUUGUACAACAUUAGACAAGUCUCCCUUUUUAAAAGGCACUGUAUCCUGCUUUAUGAGAUUACUUUGCUCUGUUGCCAACAAAGUUUGUUAUAAUUUAAUAUGUUUAUCUGUCAUCUUUUAAUAUGUGCCUCGCUAAAACUUGCCAUACAUCCCGCAGCCCCGCCUUUUAGAAAUGGGGGGAUCAUUGUACUGGGAACUUUCAGUGUGAUCCACUUGUUGUUGUGUGCAUUUGUGUCCUCUUAAUGUGACCUUAACUGUGCUGAAUGUCUAGGUGUAUUUAUAUGUACAUGUAUGUGCAUAAGAAUGUCACAGGAUGUCUUUGAAAUAAUACUAUUGCCUCGAUUUUUGAAGGAAGGAAAACUGUGUUCCAGAAAGAAAACAUGAUGUAGGUUUGAAACUGAUCUUAUCAUUUGUUUGGAAGUUCAAAAAACAUCAAAACUAGAAACUCUUGUUGAGUUCGCAAAAAGAAAAGGAGUACUUGUGGCACCUUAGAGACUAACCAAUUUAUUUGAGCAUAAGCUUUGGUGAGCUACAGCUCACUUCAUCGGAUGCAUAAAAGUGGAAAGUGCAGUGGGGAUGUUUUUAUACACACAGAUCAUGAAAAAAUGGGUGUUUAUCACUUCAAAAGGUUUUCUCUCCCCCCACCCCACUCAGGGAGAGAAAACUUGGAUUUGUGCUGGAAAUGGCCCACCUUGAUUAUCAUACACAUUGUAAGGAGAGUGAUCACUUUAGAUAAGCUGUUACCAGCAGGAGAAUGGGGUGGGGGAAGAGAAAAGCUUUUGAAGUGAUAAACACCCAUUUUUUCAUGAUCUGUGUGUAUAAAAACAUCCUCACUGCAUUUUCCACUUUUAUGCAUCCGAUGAAGUGCACUGUAGCUCACCAAAGCUUAUGCUCAAAUAAAUUGGUUAGUCUCUAAGGUGCCACAAGUACUCCUUUUCUUUUUGCGAAUACAGGCUAACACGGCUGCUACUCUGAAUCUUGUUGAGUUGAAACCCUAAAACCAAGUAUAAGUUUUUAUAAAUGGUGUAGUUCCCUCCCAAUCUCCAAAUAAGGGCAUUCUCUUUGAAAUUUGAACAAAUCUUAAGCUUUAACAAAGUGUUUUUUGACUUACCCAUUACCAAAGAAAUGUUUAGAGGGAAAGAAAAUAUCGGAGAAAAAACCAAUUACAAUAGACCAACCUUCACAACCAAGUGGAUAUGUGAUUAAAAUAUUAUCUCAGGGCAGUUAAGUAGGAUAUUACCUUCUCAUUUGCAUUUUCUGUUGUAUGGGAAGUAGUUAAGUCUUGCACUAAAAGGAAGGCGAUCGUGCUGUGCCAAACAGAGAAUAGAGUUUAUUUGAAGCAAGUGAGAUUUGAGGGCUUUUUAAGGCAAAUUCUUUACAUUGAACUGGAUAAAAACAUGUCAAAAUAUAUAAUUUCCCUGCAUUACAACUGUGUAAUUCAUUUUCAGAAUCAAUGCAACUGGAGAACAAAAAUCCGCAUUAGAAAAAUGAAAGCCCUUUAAAAAUAAUUUGAAGGAUUACAGACCCAAAAUCUUAGAUCUAAAAUGAGAAAACCAUCUACUGUACUUCCCAAAAGUACCUAAUAGCAAAGUCUGUGAUGUGUACCAAGUGACCAAAGACCAGGGAUAAAAUACAAAUAACAGAGAUGUGUGAAUUAUGUUUAUGAAAGAGAUUAUAAGAGUUUAAUGUUUGAAUAUGCACAAAUAAUAAAAUAUAUCACAAAUA